GAUCCAGACCAGGGGGAUUAAACCCAGACCAGGAGGAUUAGAUCCAGACCAGGAGGAUCAGAUCCAGACCAGGAGGAUUAGAUCCAGACCAGGAGGAUCAGAUCCAGACCAGGAGGAUCAGAUCCCGAACAGGGGCGGAUGAGGACCAGCUGAUGGUCUGAGCCCAGCGGGGGACCAGUGAGAUGCAGCGGGGGGGUGCAGCGGUGUGAUGGGACAGUCAGUCCAGCACGAUGGGAAACAAACAGACAACCUUCACCGACGAGCAGCUGGAGGCUUAUCAGGACUGCACCUUCUUCACCCGGAAAGAAAUCCUGCGGUUACACGGCAGAUAUCGUGAACUGGCUCCACACUUAGUUCCUCUGGAUUACACCAACAACCCCGACAUUCGAGUUCCUCUGACGCUCAUCGUCACCAUGCCUGAGCUGAAGGAGAACCCGUUCAGAGACAGAAUCGUGGCGACGUUCUCCGAGGACGGACAGGGGAACCUGAGCUUCAACGACUUCGUGGACAUGUUCUCCGCUCUGUGUGAGACGUCGCCCCGAGAACUCAAGAACAUUUACGCCUUCAAGAUCUACGACUAUAACAGGGACAACUUCCUCUGCAAGGACGACCUGGAGAAGACCCUGAACAAGCUGACCAAAGGAGAGCUGACGCCGGAGGAGGUGGCGCUGGUGUGUGACAAGGCCAUCGAGGAGGCGGACCUGGACGGAGACAGGAAGCUCUCCUUCGCCGACUUCGAGAACAUGAUCUCCAAGGCUCCGGACUUCCUCAGCAACUUUCACAUACGAAUAUGAUGCUACGGAAUAGAGAUGCCUCACCCCCCCUCAGUGCCUGUCCUCUCUAUCACCUGUGGAGAGACGUCCUCCAGACGUCCUCCAGACGUCCUCCAGAUGUCCUCCAGAUGUCCUCCAGACGUUCUCCAGAUGUCCUCCAGAUGUCCUCCAGACGUCCUCCAGCAGGAAACGAGCCCGACUCAGGUCUCGGGUGAAUCCAGAUCAACAGUUAGUGCAUGAACCUUUUCUCUUGGUUAACUUCUGAGCGAGGACCAGCAGCUGAGCUCCAGGAGAGCGUCUCCGAGGUGGGACGUCUCCUGUGGACACGUGGACACACAACAGGGCUUCUCUGACUCCAGUGCUUCGACGGAGACUUUUUGAACAGCACACCUCUAAAGGGCAAACAGUGAAGAGCUAUGCAAUCUUUCCUCAUGACGUGCAUGUUGUAAAUCGCUUGUAGCUGCAGCAACUUUCUGCGUGUGGUGUCGUGAGCGUCGUGAUGCACAAUGACAAUCAUCGGAACCUGUGGAUCAGCUGGAAGGGCUCAGUCACCUGUCACUCACCUGAUCUCACAGCUGUCACUCAUCAACUCCUUUUCUGGCUCCGCUCAAAUAAAAGAUUUUUCUGUGGCUUCA